GUGAAUUUUUGCAAGAUUGUCAUAUGCUCUAGACAUCCAGUCUCUCUAAAUUUGACACGGGCUAGUGAAAGGGUUGUCUUCUAUCCUGACUGAAGGAAGAACGUUCUAUAUUACUGAGAGACGUGAAAGUUUGUCCAAAAAGUGAGUGUCAAAUCGGGGCUGGCACCCUCAGAAGCAAUUUGUUGAGCAAGACAGCCUGAGAGGUGGUCAUGGUUCAGCCUUUGGCUCUGGAUGUUGCACCGCAUGGAGAGGCAACUGGGUGGCGCAAAGACGAGCACCUCAUCGAUGCUCUUGCAUACAUUGAUCCGCUUUCACAGGAAGAAAAGACAAAGGUCGAUGCACUGAUCAUGGAAGAGCUGAAGAAUAGCGUAAAAAGACCACAAGACUACUUGAAGGAGAUGCCUGCUCUGCCAGACUUCAAUCUGGAGGGGCACCCAGUCCUGAAAGCCGAGUAUGAGAGGGUGAAGGCAGGGCAGCCUAUGGCACAGCUUGACACCACGCGGUACAGAUUAGACGAGCCGCCGCUGAAUAGAAGGAAUGAUGUCGCCGCCUGGAAGGCAGCCUUGGAAAAUGCGCACAGUCAACUUGAGCACCAGUAUAACAGACUGCUGAAUAUGGAGCUCUUGUUGCAAUUCGGGCCAAAAGCAUGGCAGGCCCACAUCAGGCACCUCGAAGUGGGCCACAAGAGGCUGGAGGACAUGCUGGCAGAGACCAGAGCGGCAGUUGAGGCGGUGAACAGGGAGCGGAAGGUGUCGCAGCUGCAGGCGCAGGAGGAGAUGACGGACUAUGAGGGCCGCUGGGCCACAACGGUGGCGAAGAACCGCGAAAUUGAUGCGGCCUGCAGAGAGCUGGAGGCAGAGAUUGCCUCCCUCAGAGCCCAGCUGCCUGCCCAGGAAGAGGGUGCACCCAAGGACCCAUUCGGCGUUAGGGAAGGCGUGGAAGAGGAUGCACAUAAUCCGGGGGCAAAUGGGCAGGCUUCAGAAAUGGAUGAGUCUUGAUAGGGGAUGUGCAUGCUGAGGAUAUUCUGUUUUGCCUGUUUGUGCUCGCUUGCCGCUUGUGGCCAGAACGAGUCCUGACAAACUCUUUCAAGCUUACUUUCAAUUCUGAUGGAUGCAUAUCAAACAAGUCUUGGUUCGCAAUCAUUUGAUGACAUUCCUUGCAAGGUAGUCUCCUUGUAAUGGGUCAGAGUACCC